AUGAGGGGCGCGCCGCCGCCGGGCCUGCCCCGAGGCGCCCGCAGCCGCCACCGCUCCCGCCCGCCCCCGCCGCCGCCGCCCCGCCCGCGUCCGCCCGCGCUGCCGCUCCGCCCCCCGCACCUGGAGGCCGGGCCGGAGCAGGACAGGCGCUGCCGGACGGCCGCGCUCACCGUCCGCACCCGCCGGUCCCGACCGCGGUCCCGGUCCGGGCGCGGCCGCAGCGCCGCCGAGGUUCGGGGAGCGCGGCUGCCGCCUCGCGCCGGCUCCGCCUACCCUGCUGCCGGUGAGGCGCGGCGGCUGCUUGGAUACGGCGGCGGCGGCACGGCGGGGAGCGGGACCGGCCCGUCUGUCUGUCCGUCCCUUCGUCCGUCCGUCCCGCGCGGCCGCCUGCGCGCACGGCCCUGCCCUUGCCCCGCGGUGCCGCGGCGGCCCCUCCCGCCCCGCCCGCCAUCACGUCCCCAUCACUGCCGGUGUAAGACUGCCGCACCUCGGCCAGUGCGGGAACACCGGCUGCGCUCUGACCGGCCUCCGGAGGCCGAGAGAGGCCGAGGGCGGGGGCGGCAGCCGCAGCACCGAGCGGCUCCCGCGGGGCUGCAGCCCCAGAGCCCGGGGCCAGCCGUGCCUCCCGCCCUCCCUGUCAUCGCCCCGGCCGGGACCACAGUGCUCCCCGCGGGGGGCGCGCGGCGCGCAGGCUCCUCCCCCGCUCAGCCCGCGUUGGUACGGCCCGGCCGCGGCACCGCCCCCGCCGCUGCGCCGCUUCCGCCCUUCCGCCCCGCGCCGCCCGCGCCGCCCGCCAUGGCCAAGAUCAAGGCCCGAGACCUGCGCGGGAAGAAGAAGGAGGAGCUGCUGAAGCAGUUGGACGAUCUGAAGGUGGAGCUGUCGCAGCUGCGCGUGGCCAAAGUGACCGGCGGGGCGGCCUCCAAGCUGUCCAAGAUCCGUGUGGUGCGCAAAUCCAUUGCCCGAGUGUUGACUGUCAUCAACCAGACCCAGAAGGAGAACUUGAGGAAAUUCUACAAGGGCAAGAAGUACAAGCCGCUGGAUCUGCGGCCCAAGAAGACCCGGGCCAUGCGGCGCAGGCUCAACAAGCACGAGGAGAACCUCAAGACCAAGAAGCAGCAGCGAAAGGAGCGAUUGUACCCGGCCCGGAAAUUCGCCAUCAAGGCAUAGCCCUGAGCACGCUGCAGCUCCUGCCCGGGGCUGGGCAUGCCUCAUUAAACCCAGUUUGGUUUGGAA